AACGUUUGUUCUCCAUAUAAAGCAAGCGAAGAUGAAUGACUCUGCUUUUUACUACUGCGAAGAAAUAAUUGACCUAUUGAAAACCCCUUUGAACAUUACUUUCUUGAGAGUUGAAGGACCAAAACCUGAAAUUCCUACGAUUGUCCAAGAGUUUCCAUCCCUUCCAGUGCUUCCAGGAGACUCUGUGACUCUCCAGUGUUCGGUCCUUCCUGAAAGCCUCUCAUCUUCAGAUCAUCACACUGUUCACUGGUUCAAAGCCGGCUCUGAUGAAUCCCAUCCCAAUAUGCUUUAUGUUCAUGUAGACAGUGGUGAUAAGUGCGAGUGGAUUCCUCAAGAGCCUUCUGAACAUAAAUGUGUCUACAACUUGUCAUUGAGAAGUGUCAGCUCCUCUGAUGCUGGAACCUAUUACUGUGCCGUGGCCACGUGUGGGCAGAUAUUGUUUGGAGAAGGAACUAAACUGGAAGUUCAAGGAGUCUCAUCUUUCUCUCACUCUCUGGGGACCUUUAUAUUCAUUGUUUUGUUGUGUGCUGCUUUGGUUAUCAGCGUGACUGUCAUUGUCCAAAUAAAUCACACCAUCAAGAAACUAAAGAUUAAUGUCACAGCAGCUGCCGCAGAUUCUGAAAUAACUGCUCGUCAACAAAGUCAGUCGAUAAAUGAAGAUGGUUUGGCUUAUUCUGUGCCAAGAUUCACAAAGAGAGUAAAGAGAGGUGCUGGGGCAGCUGAAGGACAAAGUGUCUACGCUGAUGUCCGGAUAUUGGGGUACGAAUAG